ACUUUCUUUGCAAGAUGGAGGUGGGGCAGCAUGAAGAAACUUUGUUGGUCUGUGCGCUUGUGCUGUUGUUGAAAGUUUCACAAUAUAUGAUUUCAACGAUGAUUGGCACAAAUUAUUUCAACAAUGACCUUCUCCAGGCUGGAACUGGUUAAUUUUAAUCAUAUCUGACUAAUUUUUAUAAAUUUUACUAUAGGUUAUAUAUCAGAAAUCAAAAGUUUGAAAUCGAGGCUGGCUGUUUUUUUUUUACUUAUGUACAAGGCUGGUACAUUGAGUGUUAGUAUCAAUAAUCAUGGAUUUUAUGCUACUGUCACUAUUACCAUCAAAUUUUAUAGGAUGGUGUUGAUCUAAUGGAUGAAGAGGUGCUCAGGUUUUACACAAAGCAGUGGGAGGAUUACCAGUUCUCUAGUAAGGUACUCAAUGGCAUCUGCAGCUACCUAAACAGACACUGGGUGCGACGGGAGUGUGACGAGGGCCGCAAGGGAAUAUAUGAGAUCUAUUCACUUGCUCUAGUCACUUGGAGAGAUAACUUUUUCAAGCCACUAAAUAAACAGGUUACCAAUGCGGUGCUGAAGCUGAUUGAACGAGAGAGGAAUGGAGAGACCAUCAACACACGCCUCGUCAGCGGGGUCAUCAACUGUUACGUGGAGCUGGGUCUCAAUGAGGAUGAACCGAACAGUAAGAGUGGCCAGAACCUGUCCGUCUACACGGAGCACUUUGAGAAUGAGUUCCUGCAGGACACGCAGCGCUACUACCUGAAGGAGAGUUCCGAGUUCCUCCUGCAGAAUCCCGUCACGGAGUACAUGAAGAAGGCGGAGACAAGGCUGUUUGAGGAGCAGCGCCGGGUGCAGGUGUACCUGCAUGAAGAGACCUACGACCCGGCUCGCUGCGCACCGUAGCGAGAAGCGUGCUCAUCGUAAA